ACAAAAUAAUUUGGGAUAAACUUUUGUAACUCAUGAAAAGGCCAAUUUUUUUAUAAUUAAGAGUUUCACCAAUCACCACCAAUUAGGGCUGGAGGUUCGGUUAUCGGUUGUCGGUUAACCGGCCGGUUAAAUCGAUAACCGAAAAUUAUAUGCUUCGGUCGGUGGUCGGAGCUCCUGAUAGGUAAUUCGGUUAACCGAGUAACCGAAAACUGGUUAUCCGGUUAACCGACAAUAACCGAAAAUAACCGACCGGCCACCCCACUCACCAAAACGACGUGAAAAUACCCGGUUAUGAAGUUUAUAACUUUAUGUUGUUGAAUUUGAGACAUUAAUUUGGUGAUUUAGAUGUAUUUUCUAUGCCAAAGUGAUUGAGACUUUACUUUGGGUGUGAUUUAGAUGUAGAAAUGUAACUUAGAACCUUUCAUUUUAGGCGAUUCUAAUAAUUUUACCCGGUUAAAACCGAACCACCAUCAUUUUUUAGGUUAUCUCAGUUAACCGACCAACUAACCGAUAACCGAGGCAUUGACGUCGGUCGGUGUUCGGUAGGGGAGAUGGUGGUUCGGUUAAUCGGUAACCGACCAAUCGGUUAUCGGUUAUAACUGAACCGAACUGAAUCCACCCCUACCACCAAUAUGCUAAUCCUCUUGAAAACACCCUCACUAAAUAGCAAUACCUUAAACACUGAUCUGUCCUCUUUCUCACAAUAAAAAUAGGGAUGACAAUUUCGACCUGACCCGUUUUACCCGACCUGUUUGACCUGUUUUGGGGCGGGGCGUGCAUGGGUACCUCUCGUCGACCCGACCUGCCUUGACCCGCCCCAUUCUCGCCUAAAUUACAAGUAAUCUUAGUCAAAUUACUUAAAUUUUACUCGUAUUACCUCAUAUUUUAGCCAUAAUAAAGUUAUAAAUAAGUGAAAAUCUCAAUUUCUCCAAUACUUUAACUACAUUUUAUCAUAUUAUGAUUUAUUUCUUGGUAGUUUAAGUGUUUAACAUAAAUUACAUAUUCACUUGAUCGACCUGCCCCUACCCGCAACCCAUAAUAAAUUACCCGACCUGCCAUGAAGCGAGAUACCCAAACCCAGACCUCCCCAAUUGCCAUUCCAAAAUAAAAUCCCAGAGUUUUGUCCUUACCAUCAUCAACACCGGAAUCCCGAGUCCAUUCCCAAAACGCCCAUAAAAAACCGUAUUUUUUUGGUUCGUUCCCACUUUUCCCGGCUUUCCCUUCCCUUUCCUCCCGCUCCCAACAUUUCACUCUCAGUCGCAGAUUCCCUUCGCCCUCCCUUAUCUCCUCCCUCCGCCACCGUCCCCACACACAAAAAAUCUCCUCCUUCCGCCAUUUCCCCUCGGGCCAGCAAUCCAGCUCCGUGACUACACUCCUCAAUUCUCCCAAUUGGGAAUUUCCUGAAUUCCAAUGGAAGCCGCCGUUGCAUCAGCUCCCUUCAGCAACACCUACUACUACAUUCCUCCACUCUCCUUCCUCUCUAGGGUUUCCAUUUCCCUCCACCCCGCCUCCCGCCGCCAACAACAACAACGACACCAGUUUUUCCGCCGCUCCUCCUCCUCCAUCCCGUUCUCUCGUGGCCGCAGCUGCUGCUUCGCGUCCAGCCCCGAGGCAUUGGUCGCCGCCGCCGCCAAUUCAGCUCUCGGACGUGGAGUUGCGAACAAGAGAGGUGGAGGAGACGGUGAGGAGAAGGAGGAGUGUGGCGAUUUGAAGUCGUGGAUGCAUCAGAACGGUCUCCCUCCUUGCAAAGUCGUUCUUAGAGAUAGGCCGUCUCUCGACGAGAUGCUUUGCUCCAUUCAUUACGUCGCCGCUAGCGAAGAUCUUCAGGCUGGAGAUGUGGCGUUUUCCGUCCCGAAUUCUCUCGUUGUGACGCUCGAUAGGGUAUUAGGAAACGAGACAGUUGCGGAAUUGUUGACGACGAACAAGUUAUCGGAGUUGGCAUGCUUGGCAUUGUAUUUGAUGUACGAGAAGAAGCAGGGGAAGAAGUCGUUCUGGUAUCCGUACAUACGAGAGCUUGAUCGUCAGCGAGGUAGAGGUCAACUUGCUGUUGAAUCUCCAUUGCUGUGGUCGGAGGCUGAGUUGGCUUACCUGACUGGCAGCCCUACUCAGGCUGAAAUCAUCGAGAGGGCAGACGGAAUCAAAAGAGAAUAUGACGAGCUUGAUACAGUAUGGUUUAUGGCUGGUUCUUUGUUUCAGCAAUACCCCUUUGAUAUACCAACAGAAGCAUUUUCCUUUGAGAUUUUCAAACAAGCUUUCGUUGCUGUUCAGUCAUGUGUGGUGCAUUUGCAGAAAGUCAGCUUGGCUCGUAGAUUUGCUUUGGUUCCUCUGGGACCUCCCUUGCUAUCAUACAGAAGCAGUUGUAAAGCAAUGCUAAGUGCUGUAGAAGGUGCUGUUGAACUGGUAGUUGAUCGCCCAUACAAGGCCGGGGAACCCAUUGCUGUCUGGUGUGGACCGCAACCCAAUUCAAGAUUGCUUAUAAACUAUGGUUUUGUUGACGAGGAUAAUCCUUAUGACCGCCUCAUGAUCAAGGCUGCAUUAAACACUGAGGACCCUCAAUAUCAGGAGAAAAGAUUGGUUGCUCAAAGAAAUGGCAAACUCUCCAUGCAAGAUUUUCUGGUUCAAGUGGGGAAGGAAAAGGAAGCUGUCUCAGAUAUGCUUCCUUAUCUACGAUUAGGCUACGUAUCAGAUACUUCUGAAUUGGAAUCCGUCAUGUCCUCGCAGGGUCCAGUUUGUCCAGUUAGCCCCUGCUUGGAGCGGGCAGUAUUGGAUCAGCUUGCUGAGUAUUUCAACAAGCGCCUGGCUUUGUACCCAACUAGCUUAAGCGUAGACGAAUUGAUGUUGGCGGAUGAUAAGUUGAACCCAAAGAAGAGAGUUGCCACUCAGCUAGUGCGAUUGGAAAAGAAAAUACUUAACGCGUGUCUGGAGGCAACUCGUGAUCUGAUAGCACAGCUACCUGAUCUCACAAUCUCACCGUGUCCAGCUCCUUAUGCUCCUUCGUUGAAAUGAGAAAGGUAUAUUGAAUAAGGCUUCCUAGACUCAGAAACUAUCGUUCCUAGUAUUUGAAUAAGCUUACCUUAAGACCCUACAUUUCUAGAUGUGUAGGUUUCAGAAUAUCAUUCAUUGGCUCCGGAAUCUUAAAGAAGUUUUUUCGCUAGACGGGUAAUAUGGUCAGUAUACAAUGCAGGAUGAAGGCUGGCGUAUUGAAAUGUGACAAACCAGAUAUCUUUACUGCCAUUUGUUUUGGUUUGCAAUUUUGAACUAUGCUGAAGACUCUUAUUGGGUUUGCAGGGUAAAGAAUUCUGAACAUAAGUCAGGUAGGCAAAUCAUUGACCAUCGAAGAGAUAUGAACUAUGGAGUUCAUGCUGCCUCUGGCAUUCAACUGGUGAAAAAGGGCCGGCAUCAGUGGUGGUUCAUGGGCAUAGCUUCAAGUCUGCUGGUUGCUGGCUUUUUCAUUUUGAUUUUCCAUCUCGAGUUCUACUUUGCAGCAGUUACAUGAAAAAAAAAUUCUCCUCCCUCUUCUUCUGUAUAGCAACUCAGCAGUACAAGUAUAUGACAGGCCAAGGCCGAUCAAUCGUGUACAUUACUACUGGUAAGGAUUAGCCAACUUUCCCUUGUAGCAACUUGUACUUAGUAAUAAAUAGCUCCUCCCAUUUUAACAGUCUUUUGCCAGGCAGCUCUCGCAAGUUAGUAACAUGUACAUAAUACGUGUUUGCUUGGUCUGUCAUAGUCAAACAAAAACAGCUGUUUGUGAGUUUUUGAAAUGAAAGCCCAAUAAUUCUCUUUCUUUAUGGCCCAAGGGGCUCAGAGCCUCAGACCCAAUAAGGUGGGUCUACUGCCUUCUUUGAACAUGGUUAUUCUAAUGUUUCAUGCUGAAAUAGUGAAAUAUAUUGUUGGAAAAGGUCCUUUUCUGCAGUUACCGUUGGUUGUCACCUUUUUAAUUGUUUACAUUUGUUUGUAUACCACAUGCUGCAUUAUUAUAUUUUAAUUCACAAAAUCAAGUGACCAGAAAACAUGCCCAGCCCACCAACAGCAGAAAACGACGACGAGCCUGAAACCGUAAAAAUAAACAAUAAAUCCCACGUACGUACUCCUAAGGCAGAAUAAAUGAGCCCGUUACUACCACUUGCCACCACUUUACCAUGCUUUAUUGGCCAUUGGCAACUUCUAAUUGUUCCCAUCUAAAGCACCAACCUUCAUGGAAAACUUUAAUCCUGAUUCUAAUCGUUUCAUAAUUGCCAUCAGUCGUAUUCAUUAUCUUCAACUUAUUGUCUACAUCAGCCCUUAAUGAUUUAGAUUCCUAGACUGCUACAAGCAUACAACAAAAAGCUUCCAACUGAUGCGAAUAGGGAUGGAUUUUCAACAUCAUUCUAGUAUAUUGUUUAUGAUUAACUAGUUAUAUAGAUGGGUAACAUUUUAAUAAUUUAAAAAUCAAUAA